AUGUUCUCCUUUUGGCUAAUAUUACUAUCUUGGUGCAAUUACCUUUCUGUCACCACGGAUGCUGCUCCAGUAGUCAACGAUGAUAAUUGGGACAUUCCAGCUUUUGAUUUCAGCACUACCAAGACUUUGUACUCUUUUGGAGAUUCAUAUACAACCCAGAACUUGGAUCUUGUAUCCAUGACCUACGCUUGUGCCAAUUGCACUUCAGCAGGCGGACGUAAUUGGGUCGAAUAUCUCGUCGAUUUGCAUCCAAUGCAGUAUUGGAAUUUAGCCUAUAAUAGUGCCCCUGUUUCAAACGCAAUGGUUGGCCAGAAUGCUUCUUCUGUCAUUGAUGUCACUACACAGAUCACAAGCAUGUUUCCUCGACAUUUUAGCAGUUUCCCGCGCGAUCCAUCAACAACGCUUUACACAAUUUGGGUGGGAAUCAACGACAUUAACUUGACGGCCGAUUGGCUCGACACCGAUGAAUUGGACCGAAAACUACUGGAGCAUUACAAGUCGCUUGUGGAGUACCUCGUGACACAGCAAAAUGCACGCCAGUUUGUCUUAAUUAUGGUCCCACCCAUCGAUCGAUCCCCCUACUGGCUACGCCAAGGCCCGGAUGCUGUGAAUCGAGCUCGACAACGCGUUCAUGCUUAUAACAAGAAGUUGGCGUCGCUUGUCAAACGUUUACGCAGCAAAACUCCGGGUCACUUCUAUCUAUUUGAUGCAUGGUCUACUUUUACCCAUAUUCUAGACCAUCCCGGAGACUAUGGGCUUAGCGAUGUUACAGAUUACUGUCCGGAUUGGAGUAACCCUAUCCAAAACCAUUGUGCCUCGUUUGAGCAAUACUUCUGGUAUAAUGACCUCCAUCCGACAUACCGAAUCCAUCAAUAUGUUGCUCAAGAUGUGUAUAAUUAUUUGUUGAAGCAGCAGCAUUAG